UUGGAUAUGUAUUGUGACAACUAAUCUAUACAAUACAAACUAUGUGAAAAUUGAAUCAUUUUGAUUUCGAUGAAUUGAGGUUACAAAAUUAUUUCGCCUCCGGCAAUCUACAGUCUGAAACAAACAGGUGUUUGGGUGACUCUGCAUGUGAGAAUUUAAAAAUAACGUGUAGUGGAAGAAAGCUGUCAAGAUUCACUUAGUGAGAGGGGAAACAUGCCAAAAUUCCAUGAAGCUACAAAAAGUGUUAGAAACACUUCAGUAAUGGUCUGCACUGAGUCACUGAUUGCAGGAAGAUACCAGGUACAAGAGAAACUUGGGAGAGGCAGUUUUGGGAUGGUUUAUGUCGUGCUGGACAAGAAAUCCCAAAAAACUGAAGAACUGAAAGUGUUAAAGGAGAUAUCUGUCGGAGAUCUGGAACCAAACGAUACUGUCCAGGCCAAUUUAGAGGCACAGCUGUUGUCUAAGCUUGACCAUCCAGCAAUUGUUAAGUUCUACAACAGCUUUGUGGAGCAGUGUAGCUUCUGCAUCAUUACCGAGUACUGUGAGGGCGGAGACCUGCAAUGUAGAAUUGAUGAGUAUCGAGGAAGGGGCUGGAACUUUACUGAAAACCAGGUCAUCGAGUGGUUCAUUCAGCUAUUGCUGGGAGCCCAGUACAUGCAUGAAAGAAGAAUACUUCACAGAGAUCUGAAAAGCAAUAACAUCUUCUUGAAAAAUAAUCUCAUAAAAAUAGGAGACUUUGGAGUUUCUCGUCUCCUGAUGGGGUCAUGUGACCUGGCAACAACUUUCACUGGAACGCCUUACUACAUGAGCCCAGAGGUCCUCAGUCACCAGGGUUACAAUUCCAAGUCUGACAUAUGGUCUCUGGCAUGUAUUUUGUAUGAAGUGUGCUGUUUGGAUCAUGCGUUCACCGGCCAUAACUUCAUGUCAGUUAUCCUGAAAAUUGUGGAGGGUGAAACUCCAUCACUGCCAGACAGGUAUUCCAGCGAGCUUAAUGCUGUCAUGACAAGCAUGUUGCAAAAGGAUCCAUCACACCGUCCGACAGCUGCGGAAAUUCUCAAAAUUCCAUAUAUUGAUCAGCAGCUCCAGAACAUCAAAUGCAAGUUUUCAAACAUCACCAUGAAAGACAAAACAAUCAACUCUCAGGAUGAAGCUCUUCAAAUCAGGAGUGCUUUACAGAAGAAGAUUCACCUGCAGACGUUACGUGAGCAGUCUGAAGUGCAGAAAAUGACACCACGAGAGAGAAUGAGACUCAGGAAAUUGCAGAGUGCUGACGAGAAAGCCAAAAAACUCAAGCAACUUGCUGAGCAGAAAUAUCAAGAGAAUCAUCAGCGCAUGCAGAAACUGAGAUUUCGUAACUUCCAGCAAGUCAGUGUGAAUGUCUUGCAGGAAUGCAGCGAGAUAAAUCUAUCACACGCAAAUCAGACACAGCCUGUAAGUGCAGAAGAUUUCCGAUCACUGGGCCAGGCAGAUCCCAUGGGAAAGGUGGCUUCAGAUCGACUGUGUAUGUCUGAGCCAGCAGACUAUGAGAUCCCGGAAGAUCCUGCAACAGCUGAAGAAUUUUAUCGCGAAGAUGGUUUUGAAUCUUGCUCUGAAGAAACCUUGGAGAUGAAGGACUCAGACGAAGAAACAGAGUUCGCCACUUUCAGAGCAUACGAGCAGGACACAGAUGUUGAUGCUCUGGUAAGGUGCAUGGAGGAUGUGCUGGACAGCAGGUCAUUAGACAAUGAGACCAUCAUUCCAGCAUUUCCACCCGGACGGACAGCUGUGAACCACACCAUGGCACAGGCCAGGAUGAACCGCCUGAGGGAGGCAGCCACUCAGAAACUGGAAGCAGAUGUGUUUCAAAGGGUUUACGAUUACCUGAAGGUGGCAAGGAGGCAUGGCAUCAAAGAGGCAGAGGUCAAGGGACAUCUGGAGAAGUUGGGAGCUAAACCAAGUGACUGUUUUGAAGUUGACCAACUUCUCUACUUUGAGGAGCAACUGCAGACCACUCCAGCAGCAGUUAAGCACUGAUGAUGGCCCUGAUCAGUUGUGAUUGCAGUUAACGGUGUCCCAUCAUCACACUUUUGGCAGAAUCACUUGAAAUCACAACAUCAUAUUAAUGAAAGCAGCCUCGCCUGUAUAGAAUUAAAUCCAAAGCUAAUUUUUUAAAAAAAGAAAGCUGUAAUAUGCUGAUUCUACUUUAGGCGUUUGAUGAAAGAGGUUCAGCAAGUUCUCCAGAGUGCAUAACUUGUUUCUUUCCAUUACUUGUUCUCAUAUUUAGUCAGAAUCUAGACACUAUGGUGGGGGCAAUGGCCUAGUGGUAUUAUAGCUCGACUGUUGAGCCAGAUAACAUCCUGGGGACCUGGGUUCAAAUCCUGCCACGGCAGAUGGCAGAUUCCAUAAAGUGUCUGGAAUUAAGAAUCUAAUGAUGACCAUGAGUCAAUUGUCAAGGCAAAAAAAAAACCAUCUGUUUCACUAAUGCUCUUUAGGGAAGGAAACUGCCAUCCUUACCUAGUCUGGCCUACACGUGACUCCAGACCCGUAGCAAUGUGGUUGAAUUUGAACUGCUCUCUGGGUAGUUAGGGAUGGACAACAAAUGCUGUUUGGUCAGCAACGCCCUCAUCCCAUGAAAUAAUAAAUGAAAAAAAGAAUUGUGGAUGCUGGAGACCUGAGUUAAAAAUAACAGGAAUUGUUGGAAAAAACUCAGCAGAGAUGUCUAUGGAAAGAGAAACAUAGUUAGCAUUUUGAGUCCAGCAUGACUCUUUUUCGGAAUUGUAAAAUCACUGAAACAGCUACACCCUUUUCAGUGAGCUGUAAAUGGAUUUGUAACUGUGUGUUAAUUUCAUUACUACUGAAAGACACCUGCGAUGACCCUGAAAACUCUAUCUGUUGAAUGCUAGCUUUCUAAAUUAUGAUAAAUCCCAUAUAAUUUAAAAUUUUCUGAUUGUAUAUGAUCUUUUAGGUUCUCCCUAAAUCUUAUGUGCAUGCAUCAAUCAUUUAUUCUGCCAUCUGCAAAAUGUAAGAAUUAAAAGGUGAAACUUGGUGCCAUGAUGUUAACUGACUGGUUGGCUGACUGUGAGAAUGUACCUGUGCGAUUGGCUGCUACUAGCCCUGCUUGAAGACAUUACUGUUGCUGGACACGUGGGCCUUCCUUUGACCUGGCGACAGAUUCGAAUUGGCAGAAGGAAAAGGGGAAUCGGGGCCACAGCGAUGGAGCAUUGUUGCUUCCCUACUGGUGAUAAAAUCUGAGCCACUGAAAAUACAGAUGUGUGCGAGGAAUGCUUUGCUUAUCUUUACAACAUUCGUGAUUUAGAGGAAAUGGGACAGUGACUUAGUCUACAAUUUAAUGCUUGAAGGAGCUGAUGUAGAGUAAUGCAAACGCGAAGGAGAAAAGUGCCAUGAGGUCAGCAACAGAGAGCUGCUUGUAAUUGUGUGUAUUGAUUUCCUUUUGAAAGAAGUGAUCCCAAGCCCCAAAGUAGAGAAUAUAUUUCAUAUCUGAGAACAGGCGUUAGACUAGACUGUCAGGAAUAAUUGUUCAAGGUGCCAACUUUGAAUGUCACACCUGUGUGAUGGGUGGUAUUAUAUAUUUGUGCUGAUAGCAAUCAUCACGAUUUCAGCAGAAUAUUCCUUUUGGGUUCUCCUGAUCAGCCCUGGGGGAACAAAGAAAUGUCAGCCUGGAUUUUGCAUUAUAUUGGCAGAGGAAUUGUCAACAUUCACAGUCAUCAGAAUUGAGAAACUGACAGUAACUCCUGUACAUCUGCAUGUGCGCAACUGCAUGUGGAAAUGCAGAGGUUUAUGUCAGUGAUUCCCAGCUUCAUAAGGAAUGGCGGCUGAUGUCCUUCCAAAUGGAAAUCUUCAGAAAUCUUUGUUUUCUGAUCUCACGGCAAAAGCCUGAGAGAGCUGCAUUUUGUUAAAUGAGGUGGAGCAAGGUUUUUACAAAUGUACUAAAUCAUAAUUCCUUAUGAACAACUUCUCUGGCACUGAAAAUUUAAUUUUAUAUUCUGAGAAUAUUGAAUUCCUCUAUUAAGAUUAAAAAAUGCACAGAUCUUUCAAAUAAUUUUUUUAAAAC